AAACUGUAAGAGAAAAGAGUAUUCAGAGAAACUCUAAACCGGCCAAUCAUCAUCUCUAACUCUGAUUUUUUCCUUUUAUUUUCACCUUUGCCUACAAGAUAAUUAAAUGAAUACAUUUAAGACCCUCUGACUCACACUAAGAGUCUGAUACUUGUGCUGUAUCGGAAGCGGUGGUGUGUUCUAGUUCCUUUGGUAGAAAGAAUCAAUCUAAAUGUUGUUGAGGCAUGGCGUCAUCUCCGCCUUUGAACAGUUGACUUCUCAUUCACUCUCUUCUUCAACUGUGAUCAGAAGACAACAGUUCUUGGUACGAACUCUUUGUGCCUCAAGAACCCAUCUCCCAAAUCUCAUCAGAGCAAUGAGUUCCACAUCGGAAGCCGACGCCGAGAGUGUUCUUAGAACCGUCACACCAUCGCUCGACCCUAAACGACACAAAGGCCAAGCUGGGAAGAUAGCUGUGAUUGGAGGAUGUCGUGAAUACACUGGAGCUCCUUACUUUGCUGCCAUUUCAGCUCUGAGAAUCGGUGCUGAUUUGUCUCAUGUGUUCUGUACCAAAGACGCAGCUCCUGUUAUUAAGAGCUAUAGUCCUGAGCUUAUAGUUCACCCUGUUCUUGAGGAAUCCUACAACAUCAGUCAGUUCACCGAGGAAGAGAAAAGAAAAGUUCAGGAUAAAGUGAUAGGAGAAGUGGAUAAAUGGAUGGAAAUAUUCGAUUGCCUUGUGAUUGGUCCUGGUUUGGGAAGGGAUCCUUUCCUCCUUGAGUGUGUGAGUAAGAUCAUGCUUCUUGCCAAGAAGUUCAAUGUUCCUUUUGUUGUCGAUGGGGACGGGCUGUUUCUCGUAACGAAUUCAAUUGAUCUUGUCAAGAGCUAUCCGCUUGCUGUCUUAACUCCAAACGUGAUCGAGUAUAAGCGCCUGGUUCAGAAAGUGCUGAACUGUGAAGUGGACGAAGGGAAGGCUGAAGAUCAGCUACGUUCUUUGGCCAAACAGAUUGGUGGCGUGACGAUUCUGAGGAAAGGGAAAACUGAUCUUAUAAGCAAUGGAGAGAUAGUAAAAUCAGUGAGCAUAUAUGGUUUCCCAAGGAGAUGUGGUGGCCAAGGUGAUAUUCUCUCUGGGAGUGUUGCAGUGUUUCUGUCAUGGGCGCAACAGCUUAAAUCAGGUCCUGAAAGUCCAUCUGAGAGUCCAGCAAUCUUGGGAUGUAUAGCUGCAUCUGGCCUGCUGAGAAAGGCUGCAUCUCUGGCUUUUACAAAACAUAAGAGAUCAACUCUCACAAGUGACAUUAUCGAAUGUUUAGGAGAGAGUUUGGAGGAUAUCUGCCCUGUAUCUUAAAUCUGCACAACUCAUGGCUGCCUUCUACUCAUCUCGUUGUCUGUGAGAAACUUGAAAAGCUGCUCAUGUUUUCUCAAUAAUAAAAACCUGAAUCUUGUAAUUACCUAAAUAGAAGUUACUACUCAAUACUCAAGACCCAUUCAUUGCCACUCUGUAUAACUUCUUUAGGUUCGUGUUUGAGAUUGUAAACCAGACUGAAAAUUUCGAGAUUUACUUGAGAUACAAGGAUCAAGAGAAGGUGGUUUUUGGAUUUUAGAGAGAUGGCUUAUUUAGGACGAAUACAGUUAAAACAGGAAGAAACAGACGCUGGCUAUACAAAGAAGCAAAAGACAAGAGAGAGAUAUAACACUACACUACACACAUCAUCACAUCAUCACA